AUGGGAGCAAGCACUGUGAGGGAUAUUCUCUACGAAACAUGCAACGUCAUCUGGGACGAAUUAAAAGCUACUGAACUACCUGAGCUUACAUCUGAUAGCUUCAAGUUCAAGGAAAUAGCCAUGGGUUUUGCACAGCGUUGGAAUUUUCCGCAUGUUCUUGGUGCCAUAGAUAGCAAACACAUCAAAGUGAAGUGUCCUCCCAACUCAGGCAGCACGUACUUUGACAAUAAACAAACAUUUUCUAUUGUGUUGCAAGGAAUAUGUGAUGCUCAAUCCAAUUUCAUCGCAUUUGAUGUCGGUGACUUUGGGAGACAUUCCGACGGUGGAGUGCUUGAACACUCGGCUUUUGGCAGGGCCUUCUAUUCGAACAAUUUACCGAUCCCUCCCGACGAAAGCAUUUGUGGCAGUGAUCCUUUGCCGUAUGUUUUCCUAGGGGAUGAAGCGCAUCCCCUCCUUCGAAAUAUGAUGCGACCAUUUCCACGUCGCGGACUCGACAAUGUACAGCGAAUUUAUAACUACAGACAUUCACGCGCGAGAAGGUCCAUCAAAUGUGCGUUUGGCAUCAUGGCAGCAAAGUGGUCUGUUCUCAAAACAACUUUGAACAUGAAGCCUGAGACUGCAGUUAAAGUGGUUUUGUCUUGCUGUGCGCUUCACAACUUUGUGAGAAAAAGAGAUGAAGAUGAAAACUCUGAUUUAAUAGAUGACAAUGACAAUAGUUUGUUUCAAAUGGAAGCUGACACUUCUGCUACGAUUGGCAGGCCUGGGCAACAAGCACUAGACAUCAGAAAUGAGUUUGCCGAACUUUUCCUGUUCACCCUGUCUGUGCCUUGGCAGUUCGACAGGGCACAGCUAGUUGAAACAGACGGUUAA